GGCCAGGCCAAUCCGCACAGACCAGCCACAGAGCAGUGCGAAGAGCCAGAAGUGGCGUUGGAUUACGGCUUCAUGGGGAUGAACAUCACCAAAGAGGACGAGAACAUGGUAGCGCCGAUGAUUUUCGGCAAAGACGCCAAGACAGCAAGUUAUGCCGCGAGCGCUGUGCACCGCAAAGGUGCCAGCAAGUACGCGGUGGCGUACAUUGUGGGCUUCAUCAAGGGCCUUGGCUACAAGAAGGUGGUCUUGCGUUCUGACAGCGAGAAGUCGAUACUUAAGUUGAUCGAGUUGGUGAAUCAGCACUUGCCAUCGGUUGAGAUCAUCCCGAAGGCGUCCCCGGAGGGAGACCGCCAAGCCAACGGCAUGGCCGAGGCGGCGGUACGGGAGAUCAAGGGCCAGUACAGAACCUUACGUAACGAUCUUGAGAGCAAGUACGGCUACAUAAUGGAAGAGAGCAGCCCUAUUCUUACUUGGAUUCCCAGGCGUGCGGCGAACGUCAUAAACCGGUACCGC